UGACGUCGGGCUUCACGCAGCGUACAGGAUGAAAGAGAACGGCAGGUUUCUUUUGAUUGUGGGAGAAGGAGUCGUCAGCUGUGAGGGUCUCCGACUGUUUAAGCGGAUCUGUUUCAGCACGCAGACCAAAAGAAGGAAAACAGAUUCUCGUCUUCAAACUGGAAAAUGGAUAACAGUAAACGGAAUGUGGUCGUGACAGGUUUUGGGCCAUUUGGAGAACACACCAUCAAUCCCAGCUGGGUAGCAGUUCAGGAACUGAAGAAACUGGGACUUGGCAGCAAUGUGGACUUACAUGUAUAUGAGGUUCCUGUAGAGUACCAGACGGUACAAAGUUUGGUUCCAUCAUUGUGGAAGCAGUAUCACCCACAGUUGGUAGUUCAUGUCGGAGUCUCGGGGAUGGCCACCACUGUCACGCUGGAGAAGUGUGGCAGAAAUCAUGGCUACAAGGGACUGGACAACAGCAGCUUCUGUCCUGAUUCACAAUGUUGCAUUGUGGGAGGCCCAGACUGUAUCAAGUCAGUUAUUGACAUGGAGUCCGUCUGCAAGAGAGUGACCGCGUCAGGACUGGGAGUAACCGUCUCUGUUUCCAAAGAUGCCGGAAGGUAUCUCUGUGAUUAUACCUACUACACAUCCCUGUACCUGAGCCACGGCCGUUCUGCCUUCAUCCAUGUGCCUCCUCUCGGAAAGCCUUACAGCGGGGAAGACCUGGGCCGGGCGCUGCAGGCCAUCAUCCGGGAGAUGCUGACGCUUCUGGACGAGGCGGAGGGCAAGAUCAACUCCCAGCAGCACAUCCACUAAGUGACCUCCAAAUUCUAACCAGCCUCUCCUGCCCUUGUCACACAAGAAAAAUUGCACUUGACCACAAGUAGCCAAACUUCUUUUAUAUGUUGAUCGUUUUCUUUACUUGGAUAUACUCCAACUUAUUAGGCUGUUUUAAGCAUAUACCUCUUUGUUUGCGUGUCGUUUCUUUUCCUUUUCCCACAUUUGAUUGGUUAAUAUCCCAGGAGGAGAAAAUCCACUCAACCGUUGGUUCCUUUGUGAAAAACACAAACCGUUUUUGAAAAGUGCUUCUUAAAUGUGUUCAUAUGCAGUCCACAGAUAGAGAUGGAGGGCUGUAACCCCAAACAUGGCUUCUAUUGAUGCACCUUAUAGGGUUAGGGUUAAUGGAAUAGUUAUAGAAGGCACAUUUGGGUGUACUGUAUUAUCCAUCUCCGAUUCCUCCUCCUUUCAGCUUUUAUUUUCUCCAAUUAGUUUCAUUUAAGGUAUUUUAAUUCAAUAACACAUGUAUAAUUUGUCUGUGCACAUAAUGCAUUGUGGAGUAUUUAGAAAGAUUUUAAGUAAGCAAUUUAACACUUUCUUUUUAUUUUUUGCUCCUUACAGUUCUGUUGACUUGUUCGUGUUUGUUUCUCUGGUAAUUUUUCUUUAUAAGAAGUUGUAAAUUUGCCUUCUCUAACAAAGGUUAUUUAAAUCAGGGAACGGGUUGGUUCCAGCUCAUACUUCCCCAGUUUCUUGGCCCAAUUUUGACACAAGAAAACCCAAAUCAAACUCUUUUGAGACCUGUCUCUGGGCUGUGCAAUGUUAUUUCACAGGUCUCGUCGAAUGAAUCUGCUCAAAAACAAACAUAUGACUUUUUUUCUGGCUGCACAACUGUUAAAAAAAUCAAACUUUUCAGUCUUCUGUUUAAAAAUGUUCUAGUGAACUCUUGUGUACAUUAAAACCUGCAUUAAAGUUGCAGAAAUAUGCAAAUAAGUACAUUUCAAUUAUUUUCCCCUCACUUUUGUGCAGCUGUAAUUGCUACUCCUUGAUAAAAGCUUUUAAAAAAUUAAUUAAAUAAGAUCGUUCAGAUUUAAUAAAGAUGGACUCCAAGUUCAUUCAGUCAUAAUUGGGCCUUGAAUUAUUUCUGUUGCACUUUCUGUUUUGUGUGUCUGUUUUACCUAAUCUGGAAUUUGGACAGAAUAUCUCAAACAAUGUGAAAGACUGAAGUUUUGUACAUAAAAUAAAAAUGUUUUUUUUUUUCCUGUCACUUUAAUCUAAAAAAAUGUAGCUUUUCAAACACUCACACACAUCAUUGUUUUCUCUUUUUUUUCUUUCUACAUGGAUUACAAUAAUGUAUGUAGUAAAUGUGCUUCAUUAGUGAGUGUGAAAUAUGUUUUUUUUUUUGGUUCCACUUUAAUCACAAUUAGCAGAAAGUUUCAUCUCAGUUAAAGUCUGAAUCUGCUGUUGAAUUAUUUCAUUUUCUCGUUAAAUCUACCUUAAUUUUUGGGGCAAUGUUGCCACUUUCCAAUGCUUUACUUUGGUUGAAAAUUAUUUUUAAAAAGCUCCGAAUUGAUCACUGCCCUUUGAGGGGACGCAAAUGUAGCUUAUCCUAUAGACUUCCCCAAUAUAUUGCAUCAUUUGUAUGGUAUAUUUUCCUAUUGAUUUUGAGUAAACCGAUUUUGCUUUUUUUUUAUGUAUAAAGUAAUUUUUACUCCAAAAUAGAAUUCUGGAACUCUAAAUGUUUUAAUGUUACCAAAUGGUUUGUACCUUCUAGCAUGUGUCUUUGUUUUCUGGUCUCGAAACCUCUGUACCGGGUUUUGACUGCAGGGCAAGUGAGGUGGUAGGGGCUUGGUUUAGUGCUUAGAUGCAAUCUGCAGAAAUUCUGCCUCAAGUUUACCCAUGAGGUGCCCCCCCGACCCCCAACUCUCCUGUGCCUUGCUGUUAUUCAUGUGUCAUAAUAAGUUCUCAGUGAUUUUCAGUAGUCGAGAGAUGUGUUGCAGAUGCUGUCCAGCCAGAUGUGUGGCUACCUCAACAGAAACAAAAUGUCGUUUUGUUUUGUGUGUGCUUUGUUGUACACUAAGGGUUUGACUAUGUGAUGUGUAUUCCAAGUUCCUGUGUUACGGGAAUUCUCUCCAGGUUUUCUUUUGCGUCCAAAACAGAGCACUGUUGGUAAUAUCACUUUGAAAAAGAAAGGCUUUGAAGUAAAGAUAAUUAAGGAAUUGUA